UCAUUUUCUCCUUCCUUUCUGUAUUCGGAAAGAGGGAACUUUUAGUUGGAUUUCGCCACAAGGAAAAGAGAAGAAAAAACGCUACCAGAAGCCAUUCAUAUAAAAAUAAGCCAAUAUCUUUGCAAAAGGAAGAUAGUAAUACGAGACAUGAAGGGUUGUGCGAUUUGUUACAGGCCGGUGAUUGUGGGCAAAUCUAUUGAUGAGAAAGGCAUGAGCUUUGUAUCGACAAAUAGACUUGAUUUUGGUGCUGUUAUAGGUAAAACAGUAAGUGCAAGAUCCAAGGGUUCAAGGGUUUUGACUGUCAGAGCUUCUGCUGUUGAUUCCUAUGAGAGCUCUUCAGAUUUUGUUAAGCGUAUGGAAAAAGCUUGGGCCAUCUCUCAGCAACCUAGACCAAUUGUUUGUUCUUCAUGCGACUCCAAGGGGAACGUUGAAUGCCAGUGGUGUAGGGGUACAGGCUUCUUCAUCCUUGGGGAUAAUAUGCUCUGCCAAGUUCCUUCUAGGAAUACCAGUUGUGUAAUCUGUGCUGGGGAGGGGUCGAAGUGCUGCUCGGAUUGUCAAGGAACCGGAUUUCGGGCCAAGUGGAUGGGUGAACCUCCUAUUUCCAAAUAGCCGAUAAUUUCUCAGGUGUUGCCUUAUUGUUGCCAAGUAAAAAUGUUGUAGGUUGCAAAACAACCAUGACAUUUGUUUGACAUGCCCAUUGUAAAUGAUUGAUCCGACCCCGAAUUACAAAAUCAUACCAUGCUGUGUUCAUGUAUUUGUACAAUGUAAAAGAGGAAAGA